CCACCCCCGGGGCCCCGUCCUCCGCGCGCCGCCCUGCUCUGCAUGGCACAAACUUUCAUCCCGGGACGCAGCACGCUGUCUCCGGGAGCCCGCGCCACGGUCGCCGCCACUGGUCCCCAGAGCUGUCGAAAUGGGUUGUAGUCUGAACAAGCUGGAGAAACAGGAAGAGAAGCGGCCCGGGAACAUUUACUCAACUCUGAAGAGACCUCAGGUGGAGACGAAGAUAGAUGUGACCUAUGAAUACCGCUUCCUGGAGUUCACCACGCUGACUGCAGCGGAGCUGCCGCGGUCCUCGGCAGUGAGGUUAGCCUCUCUCCGGGACCUGCCUGCCCAGCUCCUGGAGCUGUACCAGCAAGGCUUCUCACUGGCUGCCCUGCACCCCUUCGUACAGCCAACGAACAGGCAAGAGAAGAUAUUCCUCGAGCACAUCUUUAGGGCCAUCCUGGUCAGGAAAACCAACAGGUCUCAGAAGACCGAGCUUCACAAUGAAGACUACAUCUUGGAAUUGGAUUACUGCUCCUCCUCAGAACACCUGGCAGACCAGAAGCUCGUCCCGGAGUUCAUUAAGAAGGUACAGGAGGCUGCGAGUCGGGGCUUGAAGUUCGUCAGUGUGGUGCCUCAGUACCAGUCCUCUGUGCACUCGGCAGGCAGCAGCCACUCAGUGCCCGUUGCCGACAGUGCUGCGGAUGCCAGGGAUGUGAAACACACCUUUGGGGACCAUGCAUCCUUGGAAAACGAUACCCCAAAGGCUGCAGAUAUGGAUGCUGCCACUGCAGACCAGAACCGAAGACCAGAACCCAGCCAGGGCUCCACAGGGGAGCUGCCUACUGCUCAGCAGCCUGGCAUUCCUGCUCCCUCGGAAGAGUCGGGGCCUGGCGAGCUUCCACAGCGGGAGUUGAGACCAACACUGGAUGGGCCAGAGGAUGACCCCUCAAAUGGACAUGAAGAGCUGCUCUCAAGGAAAAUGGAGAUCUUCGCCUUUUUCAACAGACCGAAGAGCGAGCAGAAGCGUAGGCAGUACUAUCCCGUCACCAUCCCCCUCCAGGUCUCCAGGAACGGCCAGACAGUGAGCAGCCUGGACGCCAGCUGGCUGGAGCACAUGAGUGACCACUUCCGGAAAGGCGGUGUGCUGGUGAACGCUGUCUUCCACCUCGGCAUGGCCAAUGACUCUUUCUAUGGCCCGACAGAUGGAGUAUUCAUCUUUGAAGCUGUUUCCACAGAAGAUAGCAAAACCACACAGGGCUAUGACGCUAUUGUUGUGGAACAAUGGACGGUCCUGGAAGGUGCGGAGGUGCAGACGGACUACAUGCCCCUGCUGAACUCGCUGGCGGCCUACGGAUGGCAGCUCACCUGUGUGCUGCCAACGCCCGUACUCAAGACUACCAGGGAAGGGAACGUGUCCACCAAGCAGAUUGUGUUUCUUCAGAGACCAUGUCUACCUCAGAAAACCAAGAAGAGGGAAUCUAAGUUCCAGUGGCGAUUCUCCCGGGAAGAGACACGCAGCAGGCAGAUGAGGAAAUCCAAAGGUAAACGCAGCGCCAGAGACAAGCAGCAAGCAGAGGAGAACGAGAAGAAUCUAGAAGACCAGUUUCCCAAGGCUGGGGAUGUGGGAAACUGUGUGCUGGGGACACAGCAGUGGGCCAGAGCCUCUGGGGUCAGGGAGCAGAGGCAGGGCUCGGGGGCUGUGCAGAAUGGCCCUGCUGGCCACAGCAGGGACUCGGAGGCCCCCAGGCGCUCAGACCCCACCCUGGAAGAUGAGCUUGCUGCAGAGCCCGCUCCAGUAGAGGCAAAUUGAGUCCGUGAUUUGUGCUAGGCCUGCAAUGUGAUGGCAAACCUUGGGGGAGCUUGCUAGCAGCUGGUUCGUUCUCUGUUAUCCUUUGGCUUGACCCAUUGUUAGCUCAGCGGGCCCUGGGAGGGCUGGGGUCCGAAGGUGUUGUUUUCUGAACAUCCACUGGAAAGCUGUCUUAAUGAUCCACUGACAUUAGAGUGCAAAGUUGGGCUGUUCCUUCUAGACCUCAGGGUUGGAGGCCUGGUCCCAGCACUUCCCCGAGGGAGGGCAUGGACCACACAGUACUUAGACUGCCCCACAGGGCUCCAGGGCACAUCUGGGUCAACUUCUGGGACAUCCUUCGCUACAAACCAAGGUUUUCGCUCACUCCUACAUGCUGCUGCUCUGGGCGAGUACUUAGUAACGUUAACCCUGCAGCCCUGCAAGCUGUCCUUCUCCACCUGAACCUGGAGACCCUGCUGCGUUGGAAGGUGACGAUGUUGGGGAAGGGGAGGUGUCCAAGCCUCCUGUCUUUCUCAAAGUAGUUCUACAGAUACUGGAAACAAACAGGUAAUUCUUUACACGCCUGCUCUUGCAGGAUGUUCAAGAAAGUAUUCUGUAUUAAUAUCAAUGCCAAAAAAUGUUGUUUUUAAAUUUUGUAUCCCACAUCUAUGAAUACGCCUGUCAUUUCGGGCGGUUGGUAGUGGGUGCCCUUGUGCGCUGUUUUUGCUCAUGUGUCACUGACUGAGUUGUGUGCUGUGCCUGCCACUUGUUUUUACUGUUCAUAAAGUGUUGUUAAGGCUUUAAGUAGAUGCAUCUGGCAAACCUUAGAGAGAGAAUACCGUUGUCUCGAUGGAAACAGCCUGUCUCUUUCUUGUUUAGUUACUUAAAGCAAUAAAUCAUCUGAGUUCAGUGCGUAGUGAGAAGUGUUUACCUGGUGUAGAAGAACUCUACCCCUCAUGCCCUGGUGACAAUCACACUCUCUACUCCCGACAGUGUGGUGGGCUGUGGCAAACAGCAGAGCCGCCGAAGCACACGGGGUGGGGGUGGGGGGCUCAAGCUUUGGUUAAAAAGACGUGGAAAGUGAAUUCAGACUCCGCCAGGCGAGAGGAGAGCACAGGUUAGUUGUGAUCAAACUCCUUUAACCUCAACGUUGAUUCAGAAGUGUGGUUUCUAAGGUGUCGAGUAAGUUAUUUAAUGAGGAAAACCUUUUUCUUUUCCAAGUUUAUUAAAAUAAAAUCUGUAAAGCCUU